AUGCCACAGUCGCCCGAGAGCAGCGACCCGGCGUCGCCGGUACCCAACGACGGCGCCGUCAUGUCGUGGUCGAUGCCUCCGAUGGACGGCUCCCCGCCGACGGCCCGCGGUGGUCACUCGAUGCUGCUGGCAGGGCAGCAGCUGGUGCUCUUUGGGGGCCAUUAUUUCGGCGGCGAGGCCGGGUUUGUGUACCUGAACGAAGUAUGGGUCCUCGACCUCGAGACGUCGGCGUGGUCUCAAGUCAAGUGCGAAGGCAAGCCGCCCGCGCCGCGCUACAGCCACUCGGCGACGCUCGUCGGGGCCAAGAUGUUUGUGUUUGGCGGCAAAGGCGACAAGGGAAAGAUCUAUCGAGACAUGCACUACCUCGACCUCGAGACGUGGCACUGGUACGUCGUCAACUGGACGACCGAGUCGCCCCCCGAGCGGCUUGGCCACUCGGACUUGGCCGUCGGCACCAAGCUCGUCUUCUUUGGCGGCUGGGACGGCCAGAACAAGACCUUUAAAGAUCUAUGGGUCUUCGACACUGAGACGUUCGCGUGGCUCCAGCCCCACGUGGCGGGGACACCGCCGACGGCUCGGUAUGGCCACUCGAUGGCACUGCUCGACGACGGCCGCAUCGUUCUCUAUGGCGGACAAUCGGUCAAAACGGUGCCCGAAGUCCGCGUCGAGUAUUUCAACGACUUGUACACGCUGGACACGGAGACCAUGGCGUGGAUGCGGCCGCGCGUCACCGGGGACCAGCCAAUCCCGACGUUUAGCCACACCAUGACGAUGGUCGGUCGCACGCUGUACAUUGUCGGCGGCUGGUCGGGCACGGAGCGCAGUCCCAUCUACAUGGGGGACAAAGCGAUGCGGACGACGGCCAAAGCGCUGGCGCGCGAAGAGCGGUUGCAAAGCGGGUAUGACGCGCAGCCCGUCGACUACCGCCGGCUCCUUGGGGUCUCCAAAUACGUCCACGCGAUCGACUGCGAUUCGAUGGUGUGGUCACAGCCCAUCUCAGAGGGCUGCCACGUCACGAACCGGUAUGGGCACAGCGCAGCGGUCGUGGGUACCCACCUCUUUCUCUUUGGUGGCUGGGACGGCAACCGGUCGAUGAACGAACUGGUCGUCGCGGAUCUUCCGACACCCUCUCCGUAG